ACGCCUAGGGGUCGGCGAAACUUAAGUCCGACAUCCCCGGUCGCUCCGAAACCUAUUCGAACCCAAUUAGAAAACCCAGCAACAGCAGCCGUAGCAGCGACCCUACCCGUAGCGCUAGGCCCCCUAACGUACAACACACAGUCCGGAAAUAACCCUAGGAUCAUUAAAAUCACCGUACCUCCCAACAUAUCGAUAGAGACGGCUAAAGCUCAGAUCAGCAAAGCUAUACAAGGAAAGGCCGCUACGAGAGAUACCGAAGUCCUAGGAGUAGGUAUAACUAAACAAGGAUACCUUAUACGCUUUAGAACCGAGAAAGAUCGAGAGCAGGCUAGCAAUCACGACGAGUUUAGAGUAGUAAUAUAUAAAGUCCUAACUGAAGAAAUAAAGAAAAAGGACUUUAGCAGCGAAGACGCAGCACGUUACGCGAUUCAAAACGGCCUUAUAUUCGGGCCUAACUUCGUAAACCGCGCCGAGUACUACAGCCUAGAAAGAAAGAAGUGCUACCGCUGCUAAAAACUCGGCCACCUAGCUUAGAACUACCGAGAAGAAGGAAAUAACCCUAACCCACUAUAACCUAGAAUCUAAUACCAGACACACUUCGGAUCCUACAGUUAAACAUAUAGAAAUCAAGGGCUUAUAUAGAAGCCCUAAUAAACGACCCAGAAAUAGAACAACUCGAUAUUCUCCUCAUUUAAGAACCACCAGUAUCCUUCUUUAAAACAUUUAUCCAACACAGAGCCUAGUAACUCUACAUCCCAACCGACACAAAAGGAAAAAGAAAACGGACCGCAAUCUAUAUAAAUAAACGGAUCUCACCCGCAGCACAACAGCAAGUCC